ACCAUUAUGGGGGGGCGGGACUUCCUGUACUUGAUUACAAGUACUUCACGUUCUUGAUUUUAAGUCUUUUCUAACCACUCCUGUUGUUUCCCGCCUUCAACGACUUUCAGAAAUGUAGCGGUUCUCCUAUGUCCUGGAGUUUGGGAGGAACCUUCCUCACAAAUUCCCUCCCACCCCCACUGUCUCUGGAAGUUGGUACAGUCCUAGAGUAAAAACCUCGAGGGUUGGCCCCCAGACUUCCUUUAUCCCCCGGAGUCCUUGGAGGGAAAGUUGCGCUUUCUCUUUGGGCUUAGUCGGUAGGCGCGGUUAGCCGGCACCCUAUCUGGCCGUAGCUUUAGAGGGACAACCAAACCCCUAAGGUGCUCAGUCGUCAUGUCCUUGAAACCUGACGACCCCAGUGGUGGGUUCCAGCACAGCAAUGUGGUAGCCUUUAUCAAUGAGAAGAUGGCUGGACAUAUGAAAGGGCCUGAGUUCUACCUCGAGAAUAUAUCCCUGUCCUGGGAGGAGGUAGAGAGCAAACUCAGGGCCAUCCUGGAAGACAGCACAGUGCCCAGCGAGGCCAAAGAUGCCUGUGCCUGGAGCAGCCUGGCCCUGGGCGUGCGUUUCGCCCGCAGGCAGAGCCAGUUACACGGGCACAGGGUACAGUGGCUGCAGGACUUCGCCAAACUGCAUAAGUCCGCUGCACAGUCCUUGGCCUUAGACCUAAAGAAGCUCACAGCGCACCAGGAGGCGGAGCGCAAGGAGGCAGCCUUCCGGCUGCGGCAGACGCAAGCAAACCUGGCAGAGAUGCAGAAGGAACGGGACUUCCUGAAAUGGAAGCUCUUCCAGCUGGAGUCUACUGGGGAGCAGGGCCAGGUCUCAGAGGAGCCAGGCCUGGCCACUGCCAGUGGGGUUGGGACAGAAGGAGCACACGAGAAGGUAGAGGAGUCCCAAGCUGCUGCUACUUCUACUACUGCUGCUGGUGCCACAGGAAGCAGAAGAAGACAGAAGGAUGUGCUGGGUGCAGAAGCCACAAAGGAGCUGGGCAGAGGCCUUGUGCACCUGGUCGGAGCUGUGGAGCAGAAAAAUUACGCCAUUGGUGGGCAGAGGGAGGGAGAUCUCAGGUCAGUGGAAACAGCCAUGUUUUAUUUCUCUGGGACCCUCCAGCCUGGGUCCAGAAUCGCACCAUCACCACUUCCUGUCCAGCUCCCUGCCUCAUUCACAUACUCCUACUUAUGCCCCUCAUCCCCCUUCCCACCUGCACCCACACCAUCCCCACCAGCAGCAACAUUCAUAGCAGAAGCUCCAUCUCAGCCAUCUCCCGACAGGAGGCCCUCUGAUAUUAGCUCACGGUCAGAUGUGGGGUCCCAGGGAACAGACCCUCAAGAAUCCCAAAGAGACAGAAGAGACUCUGAACCCCAUCAGCAGAGAAGACCUCCUAUAUUUCGCAGGCCUGGGGAUUGGGAUUGCCCCUGGUGUAGAGCUGUGAAUUUUUCACGGAGGGAAAUUUGCUUCCGCUGUGGGAGGGGAAUCUGGCUGCAAAGCCCUCAGUAAAUUUAGAAAUGUGAAAUAGAACAAAAACAUACACC